CAUCGUUCCCCGACUUCGUCUUCAAACUUGCUAAUUAACUCCCCCACUUUUACAAUAUUAUACGAGGAGUUUAUCCCUACCGGAGAGAAAGGAGAAGAAGAUCAGCAUGUCCCAAUUCCUCCGCUUCACCCCCACGGCCGCCCGCCGUCUCGCCACGCCGUCCACCUUCGGCUCCAAAUCCAGCCUCUCCGAGACCUUGGCCCUGCUCCCGCCGCUGCAGCUCUACCGUCGCAUUCUCCGCGUGCACCGCAAGAAACUUGACCCCGAGAUGCGGAUUCUGGGCGAUGGCUAUGUGAAGAGUGAAUUCCGGGCUCAUCGGAAUGUGGAUAAUCCGUUGCAUAUUAUUGGUUUCCUCACGGAAUGGCAAUUAUAUGCGCAGAAAUUGGAGGGUGAUGCGUGGAUUGGGGAGAAGUUGGAUAAGGGUAAAUUGGAUAAGAUGAGUGAUCAGCAGAUUGGACAGCUGUAUGAGCUUAUGCAAGCGAUUCAGAAUAAGGAUGGAGAGGGGGAGGGGGAGGGGGAGAAGCAAUGAUCGAUGCGGUUAUUGCAGGGGAGGUAGGUCUAGAAAGUAUGGGGAGAGGUAAAGUUGGGAUACCC